AUGAGUAACCUCCUCCCGCCCCCGCCAUAUUUCAUGCAAGAUCCACACCUCGUCGACACUUCAUCAUAUUUCGACUGUUAUCAACAGCACCAACAUCUUCAAUAUUCGACGAUCUCGUCAGUUUCAACAUCGAAAAUUCCCUCAACAACAUCUCUCCUUCCGUCUCAUUUUGCAUCAUCUGGAGCAGUACAGCCUUACGAGCUUUCGUCUUCAUCUUCUCAUAUUCUGACACCUCCUUCAAUUAUUCCGACGCCUCCUCCGUCUAUAACGUCCCCCUCACUUUCAACGUUCGGUUUUCCAAUGGGCGACUAUAAUUUAGAUCAGAUGGAAGCAAUCUGCACGUCGUUGUUCCAAGCAAGAGAUGGAGAACGACUAGUCGCCUUUUUCAAUCAGCUGAAAACAGUUUAUGGUUCCAAUGCAUUGGAUCAUUUUGGGAGUGAAGCUAUUGUAGUAGCGUACACAUACGCUCUCUACCACUCGAACGACUUCGAACGACUGUUCCACCUCUUAUCGACUCGUCAUUUCCAACAAAUCUAUUUCACUGAUCUUCAAGAAAUCUGGCAUUACGCGAGAUACAAAGAGAGUCAAUUGAAGAGAGGAAAAGAGUUGAAUCCAGUGGAGAAGUACAGAUUGAGAAGAAAGUUUCCGCCACCGAAGACGAUUUGGGACGGUGAAGAGACAGUAUACAGUUUCAAAGAUUCAAGCAGAAAAUAUCUCAAAAAGUUUUUCCAAGAUGUCACUCAAUAUCCAAGUCAGGAGCAGAAAAGAGAUAUUUCAAGAGUCACCAAAUUGAAAGUUGUGCAGAUAUCCAACUGGUUCAAAAACCGUCGUCAACGAGACAAAACUGAUCAAUCGGACCGUUCUCCUCAAUCAAGCUCCAGCAGUACGAAUGGUGGGAGUGACUUUCCUCCACUCAUCAACUCACAGAGUUUCAAUUUAGCUCCGUUCAAUAUGCAGAUGAAUGUGUUUUUCGACUCCUGA